UCGUGCAUCGACCGGCUGGCUCACUGUACAAACUCGCUGCGCUCGGAGCGCAGCAACUUUUGCAGAGACUCCACAGACAUGUCGCACAAUAGCUGAAGUAAACCUGUCACCGCGGCUCAUCAGCCGAGCCUCCGCACAAACGGAAAGGAAAAGACAAGACGCCGCCGCUGCCGGCCGGGAUUCUCCUCUGCCUUGUUUUCGGUCUCUUUCCUCGCAUCGGAUGGCACGUUUUGGGAACGCCUGGAUAUGAAUUAUGAGCAUUUUCCUCACUAAUGAACUGGGCCAGUAAUGCAGGAGACCGCGGCGACCCUCUCAUCAGCGCUUCAAGAUGGCAGAUUUUUAUUGAGUUUUGAACAGAAAUCUCGCUUCAUUUUUUGCCAUGAAUAACAGAAACCCUUGCACCGAUGGCCCCUGUAUACGAAGGUAUGGCCUCGCAAGUGCAAGUGUUCUCCCCUCACACUCUCCAGUCAAGUGCCUUCUUUAGCGUGAAGAAACUGAAGGUGGAGCAGAGUUGUAACUGGGAUAUGACAGGGUACGGCACACACAGCAAAGUCUACAGCCACAACAGCAGCAAGAACGUGUCGGCCACCAGUGGCCCCCUGGGCAUCAACAGCUCCCUGCAGGUCGCCAGCUCCACCCUGCCCUACGAGCAGGCGCUCAUCUUCCCGGCCAGCGCGGGCCACAUCGUGGUCGCCUCAGCCAGCAGCACCUCGGGGGCUGUGGGGUCUCUGCUGGGCAGCGGGGGUGGAGGCAGCAGCAGCAACGGUAGUGGUGGUGGAGGUGGCGGGGGCGGCAGCGGCGCGGGUGGCGGGGUUGGCGUUCACAACCUGACACGCCGCAGCACGGUCAGCCUUCUUGACACCUACCAGCGAUGCGGGCUUAAACGCAAGAGCGAGGAGCUUGACAACAACAGCAGCGUGCAGAUCAUUGAGGAGCACGGUCCGCCAAUGAUCCAGAACGGAGCGGCCAGCGGAGCCACGGUGGCUACGGUGGCCACCGCCACCUCCACCGCCACGUCCAAGAACAGCGGCUCCAACAACGAGGGCGACUACCAGCUGGUGCAGCAUGAGGUGCUCUGCUCCAUGACCAACACCUACGAAGUCCUGGAGUUCCUGGGACGCGGCACCUUCGGGCAGGUGGUGAAGUGCUGGAAGAGGGGAACCAACGAGAUUGUGGCAAUCAAGAUCCUGAAAAACCACCCGUCGUACGCACGGCAGGGCCAGAUCGAGGUCAGCAUCCUGGCGCGGCUCAGCACCGAGAGCGCGGAUGACUACAACUUUGUGAGGGCCUACGAGUGCUUCCAGCACAAAAACCACACGUGCCUGGUAUUCGAGAUGUUGGAGCAGAACUUGUACGAUUUCCUCAAGCAGAACAAGUUCAGCCCUCUGCCCCUCAAAUACAUCAGACCCGUGCUGCAGCAGGUGGCCACAGCGCUGAUGAAACUGAAGAGCCUGGGGCUGAUUCACGCUGACCUGAAGCCAGAGAACAUCAUGCUCGUGGACCCGUCUCGACAGCCGUACCGGGUCAAAGUCAUUGACUUUGGCUCAGCCAGCCAUGUGUCCAAAGCAGUCUGCUCCACUUACCUACAGUCCAGAUACUACAGGGCGCCGGAGAUCAUCCUGGGCCUGCCGUUCUGCGAGGCCAUCGACAUGUGGUCCCUGGGCUGUGUGAUAGCCGAGCUCUUCCUGGGAUGGCCCCUCUACCCCGGAGCCUCCGAGUACGAUCAGAUCCGGUACAUCUCACAGACGCAGGGCCUGCCUGCAGAGUAUCUGUUGAGCGCAGGGACGAAGACCACCAGGUUCUUCAACAGAGAUCCGGACUCUACCUAUCCCCUCUGGAGACUCAAGACUCCAGAGGACCAUGAGGGUGAAACAGGGAUCAAGUCCAAGGAGGCCCGCAAGUAUAUCUUCAACUGCUUGGACGACAUGGCGCAGGUUAACAUGACGUCGGAUCUGGAGGGGAGCGACAUGCUGGCGGAGAAGGCGGACCGCAGGGAGUUCAUCGACUUGUUAACCAAGAUGCUGACCAUCGAUGCGGACAAGAGGAUCACCCCGAUUGAAACGCUCAACCACCCCUUUGUCACCAUGUCACAUCUCCUCGAUUUCCCACACAGCACACACGUGAAGUCAUGCUUCCAGAACAUGGAGAUCUGCAAGCGUCGCGUCAACAUGUACGACACCGUCAACCAGAGCAAGACGCCCUUUAUCACCCACGUGGCUCCCAGCACCUCCACCAACCUCACCAUGACCUUCAACAACCAGCUUAACACUGUGCACAGCCAGGCCACCAACCUGGCUCCCUCCUCCACCAACAAUGCCACCCUUUCCUUUGCAAGUCCUGACGUCUCCAUACUAAACUACCAAUCUGCACUCUACCAGCCCUCCGCUGCCUCCAUGGCAGCUGUGGCCCAGAGGAGCAUGCCCCUGCAGCCGGGGGCUCCUCAGCUCUGCGCUGCCCGGCCUGACCCCUUCCAGCAGGCACUCAUAGUCUGCCCACCUGGUUUCCAAGGGCUGCAGGCAUCCCCUUCCAAGCACACCAGUUACUCUGUGCGGAUGGAGAAUGCUGUUCCCAUAGUGACGCAGGCCCCCGGUGCCCAGCCUUUGCAGAUUCAACCUGGCCUCCUUACACAGCAGGCCUGGCCCAGCGGCACCCAGCAGAUCCUGCUGCCUCCAGCCUGGCAGCAGCUCACCCACACCUCAGUCCAGCAUGCCACUGUCAUCCCCGACUCCAUGAGCAGCACACAAACUCUCGCCAACUGGAGGAACUCCCACCCUCAUGGCAGCCAUUACAAUCCCAUCAUGCAGCAGCCGGCUUUGCUGGCUGGUCACGUCACGCUCCCAUCCAGCCAGACUCUCAACGUGGGCGUGGCACAUGUCAUGAGGCAGCCCUCGACCAAUAACAGCUCCUCUUCCAAAAAGAGCAAACAGCACCAGAUGUCUGCCAGGAACAUGUCGGCCUACGAGGUGUCGUCCUCCCAAGUGGUGCUGUCUCCGCAGCGCUCCAAGCGGGUGAAGGAGAACACGCCCCCGCGGUGCGCCGUGCUCCAGAACGGCUCGGCCUCCAACUGCCCGCCCACGCAAGGCUGCGGGGGCGGAGGGUGGGGGUCCAACGAAGCAGAGCAGGCUUCCAGCACCACCCGCGACCAUCAGCACCAGCACCACGUCCCCAGACAGACCAUCAUCAUCCCCGACACGCCCAGCCCCGCAGUCAGCAUCAUCACCAUCAGCAGCGACACAGACGAGGAGGACGAUCACAAGCAAAACAAUAGUUCAUCUUCGAAGCAGAGAAAGAAUGUCAUCAGCUGCGUGACGGUUCACGAUUCGCCAGACUCCGACUGUUCCAGCAACAACAGCCCAUACACUGUGGAGUCCAGACCGCCUAACAACAACAGCUACGACACAAAGACCACCAUCCUGGACAAUUACAACAACGGCAACCCCCGCACCAUCAUCAUCCCCCCCCUCAAAACGCAGAACAGCGAGGUCCCCAGUGAGUGUGAGCGCCUAAUGCCAGAUGCAAUGAACCAUCAGAAUUCAGCUUAUAAAUUCAAAUCCUCCAAUGGAGUGGCGUCUGGCAAUAAUCACAUACCCGGGAGCGUGACUGGUGGCGGGUCCUACCGACAGCAGCGCUCGGGGCCACACCCCCUCCAGCAGCAGCCUCUCAAUCUCAGCCAGGCCCAGCAGCACAUGGUAGCCGAUCGAACGGGACACCGGCGCCAGCAGGCCUACAUCACCCCCAGCAUCGCCGCCCAGGCCCCGUACUCCUUCCAUCACAACAGCCCCUCCCACACGGGAAACGUCCACCCGCACCUGGCCGCCACCCACCUGCCCAGCCAGCCGCACCUCUACACGUACACGGCGCCCGCCGCGCUGGGCUCCACCAGCACCGUGGCCCACCUGGUGGCCUCGCAGGGGUCGGCGCGCCACGCGGUCCAGCACGGGAGCUACCCGCCGAGCAUCGUCCACCAGGUGCCCGUCAGCAUGGGCCACCGCGUGCUGCCCUCGCCCACCCUGCACCACAGCCAGUACCAGGCCCAGUUCGCCCACCAGGCCUACAUCAGCGCCUCGCCCGCCUCCACCGUCUACACUGGAUACCCGCUGAGCCCCACCAAGGUCAACCAGUACCCUUACCUCUAGAGAAGACACUGACUGACACUGGAGAGCCUGACCAAGCGCUGCUGCUGCCUCCCUCGACCUCAUCCCCGACCCGAGCUCCACCCACAUCCCAAAUAUCUUCUCCUCGACCUCAGACAAAAAACAGAGACAGAGGAACAUGCAAUCCUCAUGAAACUGUCACGUAUAACUUGAAGAUAUAACGACGGAGAGAAAAAGAAAAAAUAAGAUUCGCAGCCUCUCUUGAAGGGAAAGUUGGGGUUUUGAAUUUUUAGAGGGGUACAGUUCAAGAAGAUUUCUUUUCAAAUUGUUUUCUUUUCUUUCUUUUUUUUCCUUGAAAGGGCCAGUUUUUACUUUUUAUUGCCUAUUAUAUUUGCUUUACUUUCUGAGAAAAAGUGAUGUCUCAUUAGUUUUACAGGGAAUUUUGAAGCGGGCCUUUUUUUGGGACAGUGGAGGUUUUCUGAUUUUGAGUUUUCUUUUGUUUCCCCUCUUUAUAUUUGGGAAGUGACUGCUGAACAGGGGUUACUGACUGGAAGUUUGGAAUCCCAAGUGGUUUGGGAAAAGGUGAAAUACGGAAACCUGCUGCUCUUCAAAGAAAAAAAAAUAUUGAUGGCCUUGAACUGUCUUAGUAUUUCCAAAUCAUUCGUGGCGUGGGAAGAAAAGUGAGGCAAGUCCUCCCACUCCACCUCCUCCAGCAGAGGAGGCCUCUGGAAAUAGAACCAACAGAAGACAACAAACUUUUUAGUGUAUUUAUAGAUACUUUUCUUUAUGUUCCACCUUUCUGACGAUACUUCAGUUUUAGCUAGGUGUCUUAGCUGGGCCCCGUUCUUAGAAUGUAGCAGUCUGCACCUGUUUGUUUUCAGAUGAAACUUUUCCCCCCCUGAUACCAAUAGAUUUCGUUUUUCUUCCUCUUUUGUUUUUUUGUUUGUUUUUUUUUCUUCAAUGUGAUUGCACAAAGUGGUUAUAAUAACAUAGGCAUGUACAACGUGAUUGUCUGUGUGUGCUACUGUCAGCCAUGCGUGUGUAGUCCACCUCCUCAACAAAAACCCUCCUCAAGUCUUUAGGUUUCGACCAUUUUUCCCUCGUAGUGCCUUACAGAUAUAACGACACAGUUUACUUGGCUUGGAUCCUGAAAAGCCACAAGAGACUAUAGCUAUACUUAGAGAGAGAGAGAGAGAGACACGUUUUCCCUGGUUUGACAUCCUAAUCGGGGCAGUUGUAGCUUUCUUCCAGGUGUAGGCUCAGGCCUUGCUGUUUCUUGUCUUUAAUGACAGCGAUGAGGAAGAUUACCGUCGGAACUGACAUGGCGCCGAGAUAUUUUACUAUGUGUGCAUGAGAUAACUUGCCUGGGGUACUUACCAAAGUCGUAGAUAAAAAAAGAAUUGUUACAUUUUCUCUGGAUAUUAAUGUAAAUAGGAAAAUGUACAGUAUAGCUCCAGCUGUGAAGCCUCCAUCCCGGCGGCGCACAAGACGUGGCGGUAGUUUGGGUGUGCGUUAGUUUCUUUUCAGUCGCACAGGGGAUCUGUGCAUUGUGAUCACAGAGCGGAGACAUUAGCUCAGUUUGGGUUUUCAUGUUCGUGGAGUGAAUUUCAGCAUAAUGUUUGAGUCACGGUAGAGGUCAUUUUGUUUUCUAAGGUUAAAAGCUAGUCCAGGAGAAGGGCCUGACAGAAAGUGACUGUUGCCACGGGGUUGAUUCUGCGAGGCUACGGCGGUAGCCGAGCUGCAGCGAAGAGGCAGAGUACCGAGGGUUGUUGGAGAGGGAUACUGUGUCGGCACGAGGGAAGGGGCUGGUUGAAAGCGCAGGGUCAGUUUAGGAUGGGGCCGUGGAGGGCGGGGCGAAACUCUCUAUCUUAAAUGGGACUAAAAUGGUAGCAAGUUGGCAAAGAGCAGGUUGAUAGUAUCACUGAGCCCAGGUGGACGGGUGGGGGCGGGGCGGGGCGGGGCGGGGCGGGGCGGGCACCACCUGAAUGCACACCUAAAAUCCUGAUGAGAAUUUGUUCGUUUUCUCCAAAGCGAGGAUAACUGGAAGUUAAUUUAGCCACGCUGGAGGUUUGGGUAGAGUCUCAGAGCUGCGAGAACAGCAGGGAACAGCCUGCAGCGUACACCUGGAAGGGCGCCUGGUGGAUGGUUUGACGCCACUGUCCAUUUGUCUUCGAACCAGGUACACCACAGACAUCUUCACGCCAGCCGGACGGGAUACCUGAACACUUAGAGAACCAAUAGGGCUGUCGCUUCGUGUGUUUGCUGCUCCAUUUAACAUGACUUCAUUUCCCGGUAGCCGAUAAUACUAAUAAUCCCCCCCCCCCCCCCCCCCCCCCCUCGGUCCGUUGGUCCUCUGGAACGUGGGCACAUCAGAAAUGCUGGUGGUUUAGUAAAAAGCCUUCCCUUGUCCUUCAUUGUUUGCCAUAGUACUUGCAUUUGAAGUGUUGUUUUUUUCUUUUUUCUUUCUGUUUUUAUUUAACAUUAUCUUGAACUUCUUGACAUGGCUGUAGUACAUGUUGUGUUAAUUUUUAGAGAUUGUUGCAAUAAUUCUUGUGGAUGUUUUAUCAGAGUGUGUGUGAGUGUGUGUUUUUAUUAUUAUUAUUAUUAUUAUAAUUAUUAUUAUAUGUCAGGCUCAUUUCUAUUUUGUAACCGGGGGGUUGAUGUACAGUAAUAUUUAGUAUUUCGUGGAGGUGGGUGCACCUGUGUAAAGUGUUGCAACACUGCUGAAGCUGGUCGGUGUUGUGUUGACGAUAAUCCACUGGGGCCCUGAUAAUACUAGGUAGGCUUUUGGGUGCUGCAUCCAGGUUUGAGAUCCAUCAGUCCCUUGACGGGUUCCGGAGUGGUCUUUCAUCCUCAACACAACAACAAGCAAACAAACAAACAAACAGACUCUCCACUCGCCGUCAGCUCCAGCAUGCAAGCCUCGGGUCUGGGCCGUUCCAAAUGUGACUGUGUGAUAUGUUGCUGGCUACAUCAUUCGUUUUGUUUGAUUUUUGUUUUAUCUAAUGUCCUCCGCAUCGCUGGGCCCUAAGCACACACAUACACACACACACACACACAUACACACACUUAAGGGAGAUUUUUUUUUUUUCCAAUUUGAAAUCUUUUGGCUCCUCUGUUAUGACAAACUACUGAAACAUUCCACUGUUUGAGGGAAUUAGGCAUUAUUACCCCAUGCUACACUGCUGUCCUGUUCGCCCCCGCACCGCUCUCGUGCAACAUUCUCACGCUGAUUAUUAUUAUUAUUAUUAUUAUUUUAUUUUUUCUUGCUCGUCCCACCAAAGAAGUUGAAACAAAUGGAUGGUGUACAGCAGAGCACAGUACAAGCAGACAGGCAAUAACUUCUGGUCCCAUCUUUAAAUGCUUUACAAGUGCUUUUGUGGACGUUUUGUUGCACCGCCAUGAAACACACACAUACACACACACACACGCGCGUGAACAGUGCAGAGGACUGGACAUACAUCACGCACACAGCACAGAGAUUUGUUUCUGGAGGAGAAGAGCUCAUGAUUACACACACUUGGCCCCUAUCGAGAUUAAAUCAAUGAUCAAUAAUUACGUCUCCAAAUUGUUUGAUAAGCCAGUUUUUUUUGUUUUUUUUUCAGUCGUCGAUGUUGUAGCUUUAUUGGUGUUGUAAGAAGAAUGAAUUUGUUUAAAAAAAGAAAAAAGCAGUUUGUUACACAAUAGCGUGCCAUGGAAUAGAAUGACUUGUAAAAAUGAAAUAAUCAAAAAAAAAAAAAAAAAGUACCAACUAUACCUUUAAAGCGAUGGUCACCUGCACAAAAUGAAUGUAAUACGUGACCUGAGACAUCCGGAACGGCUUUAGACCUUCACUCAGUGGGUGACCAUUCAUUUCCGUUCUGCACCAUUUGUGGCCAUGCAUGAUGCAAUAAUUAUACACAUCUGAUCUCCAGCAAAAAAACAAAACAAAAAAAAAAAUCCCAUAUGAGAUUAAACAGUGUCAAAUUACAGCCGUAGCCCCCACAGAAGGGAAAAAUCAAUAAUCACCGUUUCCUCAAAUCCAGUGAAGAGAGACCCAGUCUGAGCAGCGCUGUGGAUGAUUACGUGUCGUGUAUGAUACUUUUGUCUGUCGUUCUGUUUCACAUAACCAAUGUUUUGUGUUUGACGAUGUCAGGUGGGGGGAAUCUGAAAUGUGAGCAUUAAUGUAGAUCGAGUGACCUUACAACUACCAAAAUGUGCUUAAGUAGAGUGUAAAGACGUUUCGUGUCACCGAGGUGAGCAUAGCCUUCCCAUCUAGCAACUUUAGUUCAAGUACUGCCUUCCAAAUAACCAACAAUACCUCCAAAGCUUUAAGGUUGACAUUUGAAUUAGAGAA